GGGCCGCUCCGCGCCGGAGCCUCCCGGGGGGGCGGGGCGGCGAGCGGAAACACCUCCCCCUUAGCUGCCCGGGGCCCGCCUGCGCACGCCUCCGAGUCGCGCGCCGCGCCGCUGCUCUCCUAUGCCGGGGCUCGGCCCCCCGCAAGAGCGAGCCCGCGGCGCUGGUCUCCAUCGCCGCUUUUGCAGAGACUGAAGUUUGGUGGGUUGGGUUAAACUCGGGGCCUCCGCGAAGAGGACCCGUUUACUUUUUUUCUUUCCAAAAUGGCAGCCUCCAGCCGCGCACAAGUGUUAGACCUGUACCGGGCGAUGCUGAGAGAGAGCAAGCACUUCAGCGCCUACAAUUACAGAACUUACGCUGUCAGGAGGAUAAGAGAUGCCUUCAGAGAAAAUAAGAAUGUACAGGAUCCUGUAGAAAUUCAAGCCUUAGUGAACAAGGCCAAAAGAGACCUUGAAAUAAUUCGUCGACAGAGAAACCAGGAUUCAAAAAAGCUGGAUGCCUUGUCCACAGCCACAUGGCCAGACCUGAGCUCAGGUCUUCUAAUUCCUUAGAGCAAACUCAGAAGUUUAAGGACGAGAGCUCCUGAGUCAGUGGAAACUGAAGGAUAAAGAUAUUCCUAAGUCAUCCUCCCAUUUUGUUCUCAAGAUAUUUAAGGACCGCAUCAACCUAAUUCAGCCUCUCCUCAGAGAUAUUUAGUCUUCAUCAUGGUGACUCUGAAGGAUUCUAAAUAGCAUCAGCAUUUCUUAUUAGCCUUUCACACCACUCCUAAGGAUUACUCUGAUUUCAAGAAGUAAAGUGGCAGAUUGUUUUUCCUCCAUUAUGAGCAAGUAAUUUGUUCACUCUGCGUAGUUAUGACCCACUGAAUAAAAGCCUGGCAUAACUUGUUCUUCCCUUGACCUUCUUGGACCAGCUCUCCUCUUGAAAAUUGUAAUCCAGUCUGUCAGUCUCUAAU